AUCACGCUACGCUUCGUCCCAGAAUUUCCUACCAUCUCAUUCGUUCUAUGAUUGUUAACAAAAUUAUAGUGUUUAUAUUAUUGAUGAGAUGAUUCUACAGAUGAGUAAAGGCUAGUUUAAGUCCAAAGAUUAACGAAGUGCUUUAUUACUUUAAAUUGAAUAUAAUUUUUGCAUUCAUUCUGAGUUGAAAGGCUUCAAUGAGAUGAUUAGCUAACAUUGUUUCAGUCUUAAAAAUAAAUAUUUGCUAAAUUUUACUACCUUCGACGUGUUUUGUGUAUCGGUUUUGAAAUAAUUGUUGUACAUUAAUUGAAACCAAAAAAUAAGUAUGCCAUUACACAGGACGUGCUUGUACUUUUUAAUAAUUAUUUUAAUAGCGUUAUUUGCUUGCAUCAAUGAGACAAUUUGUGACGAACCGACUUCGUCAGUAAAUCCUAAUGACAAUAGAAAUGUUGAAUUUCCUGGGAAUUACGAAGAUGUUGGAGGUGAUUUUAAAAGGCCUGGAGCUGUUUUUCACAAGGUUAAAAGCCUACAUCAGUUAGGCUUCUUCCAUGGUUUUCUUGCUGCAAUAUCUGUCAUUAUAGUAUCUGAAUUAGGAGACAAAACUUUUUUCAUAGCAGUAGUCAUGGCUAUGAAACAUCCUCGUGUAACAGUUUUCUUGGGAGCAAUGUCAGCUCUUACUAUCAUGACUAUAUUAUCUGCUUGUCUAGGUUUUGCUACAACUGUUAUUCCUCGCACGUAUACCCACUAUAUAUCUACAGCAUUAUUUGCAAUAUUUGGUUUAAAAAUGUUAAAAGAAGCUUAUGAUAUGUCUCCUGAUGAAGGCCAGGAAGAAUUAGAAGUUGUACAAAAAGAUUUAUUAAAGCGAGAAAUUGAACAGUAUGAUACUGAUGGUCAGACGCAAGAUAUUGAAACUGGUAUUAUCAAGCGAAAUAAGAUCAAAGCAUUUAGAAGAAAACUGAUGGUUUUCUUUUCUAGAAUAUUUUUGGAAACAUUUACUAUGACUUUUCUUGCUGAGUGGGGGGAUAGAUCUCAGCUGACUACAAUUAUUUUAGCGGCGAGAGAAGAUGCUGUUGGUGUUACAAUUGGUGCAGUUAUUGGUCAUGGAGUUUGUACAUCUUUAGCUGUUAUUGGUGGCAGAAUAGUUGCUCAAAGAAUAUCUGUGAAAUCUGUUACAUUCAUUGGAGCUGUAAUAUUUCUUAUAUUUGCUGUUUGGGCUUUAGCAAUUGGACCUGGAACAUGAAUUAAGUAGUAAUUUAGCAAAAAAUGUAUGUAAACAAUACUUGUUUGUGAUGACAUGAGAAGAACUUGUUAGUAGUUUCUGAUCUUGAAGAAACUUUUUUUACAUAAUAUGUCAGUAGCAUGAGUAAAAUACUCAUGCUAACUUAAGAACAUUAGCAUUCUUUUUAAAGUCUAAGUUGAAACACAAUUUAAGGUAUCUUUUAAAUAUAUGCACACUACAAGCAGAUUUUUUUAUCUAUUAAAUUGUUCCUAUGGUUUUUCUUCCAAAGAACAAAAAUGAAAAACACUAUUUUUCAAUUAUAUUACUUGUAAAUCUAAAAUUUGGUCAAGUGUUGACACUUGCUUAAACUUGUGUUUUUAUCUGAGAUCUGUCUGUAAUCUCUUUAUUUAUUGAAAUAUUUAUUAAGUAUUACAUGAACAAUUAUUUAUUUGAAUGUAAAUUACUUAAUAUGAGUGGAAUGCUGAAAGAAUAGAAUAAGCUGGAAGUAUGGAAUUUGUCAUUUUUGAAAUUAUUAUUUUUUUUUUCAUAGCUGCAAAAUUCUAAAAAUUAAGAAAAAGCAGAAACAUAAGCAUUCAUAAAAUUCAUUAAGUUUCCAUAUGUAAGAUAUUUAUUAAAUUUUUAAUCAAUAUUAAAUAUAUAUAAAUAAUUUUCUAAGCUUAAUUUUAAUUGUGAAAAAAAUGUGGUUGAGGUAUUGUUAUUGUAGCUUUUUGUUUCCAGAAUUCAAUUCUAAAAUAGCAAUUACACAAUUUUGUUCUUGCAGUUUCAUGUACAAACUCUAUUCCUUCAGCUUGUAUUUUUAUAUUAAUAAUGAGGAUUUCUUAAUGUUAUGAAUACUUAUUAUUACUUAUUCUCUCAUUUUAUUGAGAAAUAAGAUUUAUUUCAUUUUACAAUAUUUAUUAUAUAG